CAAAAAAAGCAGAGGUUAAAAUUUCUAUUCUUAAGUUGGCCAGUGAGAGAAAAUCUUACAAUGGCCGAUGAUGAUAUUGCUGCUUUGGUCGUAGACAAUGGCUCUGGUAUGUGCAAAGCCGGCUUUGCCGGGGACGAUGCUCCCAGAGCUGUUUUUCCGUCGAUAGUUGGCCGCCCUCGUCACCAAGGAGUGAUGGUGGGUAUGGGUCAGAAAGACUCGUACGUCGGCGAUGAGGCACAAAGCAAGCGAGGAAUUUUGACACUGAAAUAUCCGAUUGAACAUGGUAUCGUCACUAACUGGGACGAUAUGGAGAAGAUCUGGCAUCACACAUUUUACAAUGAGCUCCGAGUUGCUCCUGAGGAACACCCUGUUCUCCUUACCGAGGCUCCUUUGAAUCCGAAGGCAAACAGAGAAAAAAUGACGCAGAUUAUGUUUGAAACAUUCAACUGCCCAGCUAUGUAUGUAGCUAUCCAGGCCGUGUUGUCUUUGUAUGCCUCUGGUCGCACCACCGGUAUCGUUCUGGACAGUGGUGAUGGUGUCAGCCACACUGUGCCCAUUUACGAGGGCUAUGCCCUGCCCCAUGCAAUCCUCCGUCUGGAUUUAGCUGGUAGGGAUCUAACAGAUUACCUCAUGAAGAUUUUAACAGAACGGGGGUACUCCUUCACAACCACUGCAGAGCGUGAAAUUGUCCGUGAUAUAAAAGAAAAGCUAUGCUAUGUGGCAUUGGACUUUGACCAGGAGCUGCAAACUGCUGCUUCCAGCUCUAGCCUUGAGAAGAGCUAUGAGCUACCUGAUGGUCAAGUCAUAACCAUAGGAAAUGAGAGGUUUAGGUGCCCUGAAGCAAUGUUUCAACCAUCUUUCCUUGGCAUGGAAGCUUCUGGCAUCCAUGAGACCACUUACAACUCAAUCAUGAAGUGUGAUGUCGACAUCCGUAAGGAUCUCUAUGCUAACACUGUCCUCUCUGGUGGUUCAACCAUGUACUCUGGUAUUGCUGACCGGAUGCAAAAGGAAAUCACAGCUUUGGCACCCUCCACCAUGAAGAUCAAGAUCAUUGCUCCUCCUGAGCGCAAGUACUCUGUUUGGAUUGGAGGCUCCAUCUUGGCUUCCCUAUCAACUUUCCAACAGAUGUGGAUCUCCAAACAGGAGUAUGAUGAAUCUGGUCCAGCCAUUGUGCACCGCAAGUGCUUCUAAACCUUAUCUCCCUGGUUGACCCUCAGCAUUGUUUAUCCUUCCCCAAAAUUGCAAAGUUUGGCUGUUACAGGAAACAUUUCAAAAUGAACAUCAUGAUGCUAUAUCCCAUUGUUGGUAUUUUUGAUCGUCUGUUACUUUAAACAAUUGCAAGUUACAAUUUGCAUUGUUUGAUAAACUCGUGCUCAUUUGAGCCUCAUUUCUCAGAGGCUCAGAAAAAACCCAAAAGUUAAAAUCAUUGUUAUCUCAUCAUGUAGACUUCUGGAUUACCAUAGUUGCAGUAAAGAUGUUGUCGUU